AGUCCCUUCUGUGAUUACCACUCCAGCUGCUGGAAACGGGCGAGAAAGAGGAGGUGAGAAACUCCCACCGACCCACAGAGGGAGCAUGACUUCGGCAACUUCACCUAUCAUUUUAAAAUGGGACCCCAAAAGUUUGGAAAUCCGGACACUAACAGUGGAAAGGCUUCUGGAGCCACUGGUUACACAGGUGACGACACUUGUCAACACAAGCAACAAAGGCCCAUCUGGUAAAAAGAAAGGGAGGUCAAAGAAAGCCCAUGUACUGGCCGCAUCUGUAGAGCAAGCUACUCAGAACUUCCUGGAAAAGGGUGAACAGAUCGCUAAGGAGAGUCAAGAUCUCAAAGAAGAGUUGGUGGCCGCUGUAGAGGAUGUGCGCAAACAAGGUGAGACAAUGCGGAUCGCCUCCUCUGAGUUUGCUGAUGACCCAUGUUCAUCGGUGAAGCGCGGCACAAUGGUGAGGGCGGCAAGGGCUUUGCUAUCAGCUGUAACACGCUUACUCAUCCUGGCGGACAUGGCGGAUGUCAUGAGACUUUUAUCUCAUCUGAAAAUUGUGGAAGAGGCUCUGGAAGCUGUAAAAAAUGCUACGAAUGAACAAGACCUUGCAAACCGCUUUAAAGAGUUUGGGAAAGAAAUGGUGAAACUAAACUAUGUAGCAGCAAGAAGACAACAGGAACUGAAGGACCCUCACUGUAGAGAUGAGAUGGCAGCUGCCCGUGGAGCUCUGAAGAAGAAUGCCACAAUGCUGUACACAGCCUCCCAAGCCUUUCUCCGCCACCCAGAUGUUGCUGCCACAAGAGCCAACCGAGAUUAUGUCUUCAAACAAGUCCAGGAGGCCAUUGCUGGCAUCUCCAAUGCUGCUCAAGCUACCUCGCCCACGGAUGAAGCCAAAGGCCACACGGGUAUCGGCGAGCUGGCUGCAGCUCUGAAUGAGUUUGAUAAUAAGAUCAUCCUGGACCCCAUGACGUUCAGCGAGGCCAGGUUCCGGCCGUCCCUGGAGGAGAGGCUGGAGAGCAUUAUCAGCGGCGCUGCGCUCAUGGCUGACUCCUCCUGCACCCGCGACGACAGGCGCGAGCGCAUCGUGGCCGAGUGCAACGCAGUGAGGCAGGCGCUCCAGGACCUGCUCAGCGAGUACAUGAAUAAUACGGGAAGGAAAGAAAAAGGAGACCCUCUAAACAUUGCAAUUGACAAGAUGACCAAGAAAACAAGAGAUCUAAGGAGACAGCUUCGGAAAGCAGUGAUGGAUCACAUAUCUGAUUCUUUCUUGGAAACCAAUGUCCCUUUGUUGGUUCUCAUUGAAGCUGCAAAGAGUGGGAAUGAAAAGGAAGUGAAGGAAUAUGCCCAGGUUUUCCGUGAACAUGCCAACAAGCUGGUGGAGGUUGCCAAUUUGGCCUGUUCCAUCUCCAACAACGAGGAAGGGGUGAAAUUAGUCCGAAUGGCAGCCACACAGAUUGAUAGCCUGUGCCCUCAGGUCAUCAAUGCUGCUCUCACACUGGCGGCACGGCCACAGAGCAAAGUUGCUCAGGAUAACAUGGACGUCUUCAAAGACCAGUGGGAGAAGCAGGUGCGAGUGCUAACUGAGGCUGUGGAUGACAUCACCUCGGUGGAUGACUUCCUGUCUGUCUCAGGUAAUCACAGGCCCCUUACCAGGGAACCAGUACUAGCAUCCAUGUUGCUGGUAGUGGAGAAGAAGUGGAUCCUGUAUGUCAUGUCCAGCAGGACCCCAGAAGAACUAGAAGAUGAUUCUGACUUUGAGCAGGAAGAUUACGACGUGCGUAGCCGGACAAGCGUUCAAACGGAGGAUGACCAGCUCAUUGCAGGGCAGAGUGCACGGGCCAUCAUGGCGCAACUACCACAAGAGGAGAAGGCAAAAAUAGCUGAGCAGGUGGAGAUAUUCCACCAAGAGAAAAGCAAGCUGGACGCCGAAGUGGCCAAGUGGGACGACAGCAGCAAUGACAUCAUUGUUCUGGCCAAGCAGAUGUGUAUGAUCAUGAUGGAAAUGACAGACUUCACAAGGUGUCCUGAUUCAGCAUGUAAGCAGGAUUUAUUAGCCUACCUUCAACGAAUUGCCUUGUAUUGCCAUCAGCUCAAUAUCUGCAGCAAAGUGAAGGCUGAAGUACAGAAUCUAGGAGGAGAGCUCAUUGUGUCAGGGACAGGAGUUCAGAGCACUUUCACUACCUUUUAUGAGGUAGAUUGUGAUGUCAUAGAUGGGGGCAGGGCUAGUCAACUUUCUACCCACCUCCCAACCUGUGCUGAGGGAGCUCCGAUCGGGAGUGGAAGCAGUGAUUCUUCCAUGGUUUAUUCACAGGAUUCCUGCAUCAGGCUGGGAGAGCACAUGGGUUCUGGAGAAGAGACAGGCUCUCAUUUUUUUGCUGCAGAAUUAGACACCAUCUAUCUGAAAAUGGAAUCUGUGCUGGACAGUGCUACGUCGCUUAUCCAGGCAGCUAAAAACCUGAUGAAUGCUGUUGUCCUCACGGUCAAAGCAUCCUAUGUGGCCUCAACCAAAUACCAGAAGGUCUAUGGGACAGCAGCUGUCAACUCACCUGUUGUAUCUUGGAAGAUGAAGGCUCCAGAGAAGAAGCCCCUUGUGAAGAGAGAAAAGCCUGAAGAAUUCCAGACCCGGGUUAGGAGAGGUUCUCAAAAGAAACAUAUUUCACCUGUGCAGGCUUUAAGUGAAUUCAAAGCAAUGGAUUCCUUCUAGGACGAUUGGCUUUAACCAGAAAGAUUUUCCUUUCUUUUUAGUUUUCUUUUUCCUUUCUUUUUCAUUUUAAUUCCAUUUUUGUAUGCAUACCUGCCAACUCGUAUGCCUCUGGCAUGGGGAAAUUAAGAGAGCAGUGUCUGUUUGCAUGUAAGAUGAGAUGUGAUCAAUACUACUGAUCCAUCUGUAGCCUGGGGAGGAGGGGACAGGGGGAUUCCUGUCCUGAGGUGGCACAGAGCUGUCCUUUGUAACAUUCUCUUAAAAGUUGGACAAAGAGUUCGCAUUGCAAUGUUUACGGGAGUGGGAGGGAUGGGGAAAAAAUAAACUUAACUCUACAAAAGCAAACUCUAAUGCAUGCAAGAAUCAUUAGGUUGGCAGGUAUAUUCAUAAGUGAAAAACCUGGAAGUGUAAUGGUAGAACAUAAAACUUGUAUUGCUUCUGUUUCAGUGCAAACAUGUACUAGCCAAUACGCUUAAGUGUGUGGCCCACAAAAUUGAACAAUUGAACUUUGACGUCAUACCCAUGAUCUUAUGUGGAUUCUUUUUAACUGAGGAGAAACUAGUCCAGCCUAAAAUGCUUCUUUUAAUCUGUAUUCUGUUCUUUCUCUUCUGAUAGUGCCAUUACUAGUGCUCAUGUUAUCAUUUUUUCCCCUUUACUAAAAAUAAUGAACAUUUAUUUGAGAUAAUUAAAAUCCUUCUGGGGGCACUGGAAGCACAAUAUGGUGACUGAUCUUUCUUUCUUUCUUUCUUUUUUAAAAUACGAACUAUGAUUUUGCUAGAAAUAGAAGGCCCAGUGGUGGAAUGUUAGAGGAAUAAAAACUGACAGUGUGUGAAGGUUUAGAGGCAAAUACAUAGGUGUAGCUUGGAGUGCUGGUAUCUAAUAUACCAUUGUAUUCACUAACUCAAAAUAAACACAUUUAAUCUUGAUAUCUGAA